AUGGAAUGCCACCCUUCUGUCUGGGGAGUUUUGGCCUUUCUGAGUCUGGCUCUGAUUGUUUCAUUGAUACUGAAUAUUUCACACUAUAUGAAAAAGAAGCAAGAAACUAAAACGUAUAAAGACUACGAAGACAACAGUCCAAGCUAUGAUGACCAUUACACAGAAGAUGACCCAGUUUAUGGCAAUCUCAGUCAAGAAAUUUUAGAGGAAUGUUGUUACGAGCAGAUGAAGUCCCAGCCUCAAAUGCCAGUUAACCAACUACAGGUGGAGCCUGACCAUCAGAUGUGUUAUGCCUCACUUGAUCACAGUGUCAAGGGAAAACGCAGAAAACCAAGGAGAAAAAAAGACCCUUCAGUAGAGGAUGAAGAAAGAUCAUCCAAACCCACCAUUAUCACUUCAAAAGUUAGCAUUUACCUCAACAGUGAUCAGCUGGCUGCUGAAAAUACUGUAAACAUAGAAGCCAUUCAUGAUGAUCCCAUAAGACUAAUGGGUUUGAUUCAUACAUCAAAUGGAGAGAACAUUUGA